AUGAAACCUUAUACCACCAUUCUCAUAAUCUGCAGUUCUGUGAUAGCUGCAGUUGUGAUUUUAUGUUGUCUUUGCAUAAUUUUCGGUCGUAAGAAGAAGGAAACAGGACGACUAACUCCAGCUUCGAGUUCAACUAUUGGUUCGAGGCUGCCAUGGCCGCGACAAACAUAUCAUGUUCAUGAUAUUGAACCUGGACAAGGGGCUCGAACAAACAGACAGGGUGCUCGAGGAAGUGGGAUCAAGGACGGCGGGAUGGCCAUCUUGGCUGGAGCAGGCACUGCUAUAGCUACUGCAGCUGUGAUUGCCGGUUUGAGUAGCGAAGGAAGAGAGGGUGUCUAUGGUGAUGACUGUGGAGAUGGUGGCAGCAGCGAUGGUUAUGGUUAUGAUGGUAGUUGUGGAGAUGGUGACGGUGGUGGUGAUUGUGGAGAUGGUGGGAAAGGCGGAGGUGGCGGCUGUGGAGAUGGUGGCGGGGGCGGAGGCUGUGGUGGUGGUUGUGGAGGAUGUGGUGGUGGUUCUGAACUGUGA